AAACGAAAUUUCCUAAUUAGUGGUGCAUCGUACGAUCGUUAAUUUCCUCUCUUUGUUUCGCAGACCUCACCAACCCCUUUUAGCUCACCCUCUCACUCUCAGCCACCGCGCGACCACCUCGACCACGCCGCCGUCUCCGGCAGCCACUGUCCGUUUUCACUUGUAAUUUGUCAACUCAGCAUAAAAGGGGUGGGUUAGGCUUUGCAACCAUUGGAAGUUCCAACAAUGGCAGGCAUAGCUAUACUUUUAGAUCUAUGGAGGAAAAAUCAAAACUUGAGCUCUGGAUUGCACUCCUCUCAUGCUUUUCAGUCUUCCAGUGCCUUUUUUUCUGCCUCUGCUGCAACUGCUGCUGCAGCGUCUUUUGCUGCAGGGACUGGUUUUGCCUCAAGGGCAUUGUUUGGGUCAUCAGUUGCAUAUUGUGAUGCUGGUGCAGCAUUACCAGAAGACUACAUUUCUAAUAUACAAAGUUCUUUUGAAAGGAAUUAUAAAUAUGAUGCUUUAAGAUAUAGUACCAAGCAGUAUAAUGUGGAACUUAAGCCUCUCUUCUCUGCUUUUGAAUUGAGGGCAUUUACAUUGACUUCCUUAAGGUCGUUCUUGAUGUUCUAUUUGCCACUUUUGGAGCCCCGUGCGGAAAUGGAAGAUGAUGAGGAUUUCCUGGAAGACGAUCAGGAGCACCAUGUUGAUCUGGUUGUUCCCUUCAGAAAAUCAGUGAAGCAUAUCAUGCGUGAGACAACUGUUGUGACCACUAGAAGGAUUUUAGAAAGAAUUGCUGUGCAUUAUGUUUCACAAAGAAUGGCAUGGAAGCUUCUUAAAGAUAUCCCUAGAUCAGCAACUCGCAAGGCUGGAAGGAGCAUGCCUACUUUGGUUUACGUCUACUGUGUGAGCAGAACAACAUUCAGAGGACAUAUGCUUGGAGUUGCAGCAUCAUGGCUUGUCCAAGUAGGCAUUGAUUUAUAUCGAUUCUUUUCCUCUGCGUUCCAGGGUCAGCAUGAGGAUAAUGAUGUUGAUCAAACCAAUCAAGUUGGAGUUCUUGGACAGAAGGUUUUCAUUGCUACAGUUAGAUGUACUUCAUCUUUAAUUUUUGCCUCCAUAGGAGCAGGAAUUGGUGCAACCCUUAUUCGUCCAUCGCUCGGCCAGUGGGUUGGGUGUGCUCUUGGUGAUUUGGGCGGUCCCAUCAUUGUAGCAUUUUGUGCUGACAAAUUAUUUCAAGUGAAACUUUGAAAGCUAGCUAUAUUUUCUGACAGAUUUUUUACCCGCUUCAACUAACUGGGGUAUAUUAUGAAUUUUACUUUAUUUGCUAGCCAUGUCUGAUAGAGCCACUAGGAAGUUGGUGGACCUGCUUUUAGCUGAAAGAAUUCUAACAAUUUUCUCCCAUGAUGGAUAAUUCCUUAUUGUUUCAAUAUAGUACGCUUUUCAAGCUAUUAUGAUAUUGCAUUU